UUUUUUUUGUUUUUCAUUUUUUUUUCCAACCAUUUCCUCUUUCGACAUCUCUUCAUAAGAAGGCCAGUCUCGACCAUGAGAUUCAUUCAUUCUUCACCUCCCUUCGAUUCGAUCUCCAUCUCUCUCGACUCUUUUCCCUCUCCUUCAGCCAACGUACGAUGCCUACCAUCGCUGGACCAAGUUUCUCAUCUCACGAGCAUAUCGCCGCCGCCAGAUCGGAGAACACCGUCGAAGUCAACACUCCUCGAAAGCGGAAGUUGAGAUCUGAUUCCGCCGCGGAGGUCUCUACGCCGAUGAAAUUGAAAUCUCCUCGACGAUGUGCUGUUUCAAUCCCAAGGACGCCUAUGGCGGAGGUUAAGGAAGAAUCUAACGGAAAGCCAGAAACUCAAUUUGAUUGUUUAGAUGUUAAAUCGAAGUGGAAUCCUAGAGAUGAGGAUCAAAUGAAAGCUGUGAAGGAGGCAUUGCACGUUUCCACGGCACCAUCAACUGUUGUUUGCCGUGAGGACGAGCAAGGACGUGUUUUGGAGUUUGUAAAAGGUUGCAUGGAACAGAAGAAGGCUGGGAGUUUGUACAUAUGUGGCUGUCCUGGAACUGGGAAGUCACUGUCGAUGGAGAAAGUUAGACAACAAGCUCAAGACUGGGCAAAGCAGGAAGGCUUGCCUUGCUUGGAAACAGUGUCUGUUAAUUGCACGUCUUUGACCAAAACAACAGAUAUAUUCUCCAAGAUACUUGGUGAAAACAAGACAGGGAAGAAAGCUAUUGGCUCCUCUUCACCUCUAGAGCAACUUCAGAUUAUGUUUUCUCAAAAGCGAGAAUCACCCAGCUCAAAGAUGAUGCUAAUUAUUGCAGAUGAGAUGGACUACUUGAUCACAAGAGAUCGGGGUGUCCUUCACGAGCUUUUUAUGCUCACAACUUUGCCAUUUUCGAGAUGUAUACUUAUAGGUGUAGCAAACGCAAUAGACCUUGCAGAUCGUUUCCUUCCAAAAUUGAAGUCUCUUAAUUGCAAACCUUUGGUUGUCACUUUCCCUGCCUAUUCUAUGCAACAGAUCCUAAGGAUACUUCAGGAGAGGCUUGUGGAACUUCCAUAUGUUGCAUUUCAACCAAAAGCCUUGGAGCUUUGCGCCAGGAAAGUAUCAGCUGCAUCAGGAGACAUGAGAAAGGCUCUAUCUGUCUGCAGGAGUGCCUUAGAAAUCUUAGAAACAGAAGUUAAAGGAUCAAUAGAUCACGAGCCACAAACUCCAGUUACAGAGGAUCAAGUGGUCAAGAUGGAUCAUAUGCUAGCAGCACUGGCCAAAACCUUCAAAUCUCCAGUAGUUGACACCAUUCAGUCUCUUCCUCAACACCAGCAAAUCAUAGUUUGUUCUGCUGCAAAGGCCUUUAGAGGAAGCAAAAAGGACAGAACCAUUGCAGAGUUAAAUAAGUUAUACUUGGAAAUCUGUAAAUCUUCGAUGAUCACUCCAGCUGGAAUAACAGAGUUCACCAACAUGUGUACGGUGCUAAAUGACCAGGGGAUUGUAAAACUAAGUCAGGCUCGGAACGAUAAGUUAAAGAGAGUGAGCCUAAGAGUAGAUGAAGCAGACAUUACAUUUGCUCUUAAGGAAAUUCGAUUCUUCCGCAACUGUCUUCUGUAAUGAAGUUAUUGAAGAUGGGUUUCUUCAUUUUUGUUUUUCUUACCGAGUACAAAAAGUAAAAAACUCAGUACUCUCAUAAACUGUAUUCUUCUAUUAUGUAAAUGAUCAUAAACCCAAUGUGUUUAUUACAUUUUACUAGUAAAAGCAAAGUUUAAAUUUA